UUCCCGCGUUCCCGCCCCCUCAGGGGUCGCCGCCAUCUUUCCGCGCCGCCGCCGCGAUGCCGGAGGAUCAUGACUGGGAGGCGUACAAGGUGCCCCCGACCCGCACCCCUGUCUCCGAGAGGACCACGUCGGUGCCCAACCCCGUCAACUACUUCCAGUCCGCCUUCAACUAUGUCUUUGACGCGCCCAUCGCUUUAGUCCGAGAGUGGAUCGAGAAGUUGCAAAGCAAGAACAAGUUCUACUACUACCACCAGCAGUUCCGCCGUGUGCCUGACCUGAGCGAGUGCCUGGAGGGUGACUACCUGUGCUACUAUGAGGCCGAGGCUCAGUGGAGGAGGGACAGGAUGGUUGAUCAGCAGAUCGUGGAGAUAGUCCGGGAAAGGCUGGCUGCGUGCAAGCAGAGGGAAGGGCCCAACCAGUUCCAGAACUGUGCCAAGGAGAUGGAGCUGCUGGCACAGGUCACCAAGGCCUACCAGGACAGAUACGGUGAGCUGGGUUACCAUGGCAAUGCACGGACAUGUCUGAUGAAGCAGAAGCACAGGAUGAUGGAGGAGAGGAAAGCAGCACAGGAGAAUCAGCAGAGCUGAAACAGCUCCUCCCUCCAUGGUGCUGGUAUCUAUGUGCAUGUUGUUGCUUCCUUGACCUCUGGUGGUGUUGGCCUCCACAAUAAACAGACACCUGUACAGUU